AUGGCAGUUAAAGGAUUAGGCGAAGUCGAUCAGGAAUACGACGGUUCCAAAUUAAGAAUCGGGAUUCUCCACGCCAGAUGGAACAAGACCAUCAUUGAAGCUUUAGUGAAUGGGGCCAAGGCUAAGCUUUUAGCAUUGGGCGUCAAAGAAGAAAACAUUAUCGUUGAAACUGUCCCAGGAUCUUUCGAAUUGCCAUAUGGUACCAGAGGAUUCUUAAAGAACCAAUUUGAAAAGGGAGAGCCAUUGGAUGCUGUUAUUCCGAUUGGUGUUUUAAUUAAAGGGUCUACUAUGCAUUUCGAAUACAUUUGUGACUCUGUUACUCACAAGCUCAUGGAUUUAAACUUUCAAUUGAAUAUUCCAGUCAUCUUUGGAGUUUUAACUUGUUUGACCGAAGAACAAGCUGAAGCAAGAGCUGGUUUGAUUGAAGGUAAGAUGCACAACCAUGGAGAAGACUGGGGUGCUGCAGCAGUUGAAAUGGCAACAAAAUUUAAAUUUUAG